GCUGUGGGCUGGACAGAAGCUGCUCCUAAUUCCUCCUGCCCCAGUACCUGGGGAUUAAGGGAAGAUAAAAGUGGGACUGCCUGUGUUCACGUACUGCGGCUACCACCUGACACCCACAGUGAUGACAGCACUCCGGCCCGUGGCCGACGCCAGCUGGAGCGUGAGCUGGAGCCUGCGCCUGGUCCUCGCCCUCUGCCUGAUGGAGCAGACAGCCCUGGGUGCCUUGCACACCAAGAGGCCCCUAGUGGUCACCAAAUACGGGACCCUCCAAGGAAAGCAGAUGCACGUGGGGAAGACGCCCAUCCACGUCUUCCUAGGAGUCCCCUUCUCCAAACCUCCUGUGGGUGCUCGCAGAUUUGCUCCCCCAGAGCCCCUGGAGCCGUGGAAAGGAAUCCGACACGCCACCACCUACCCCCCUUCGUGCCUGCAGGAGUCCUGGGGCCAGAUAACCUCCAUGUACUUCAGCACGCGGAAGCAAUACAAGUGGCUGCGCUUCAGCGAGGACUGUCUGUACCUGAACGUGUACGCGCCCGUGCGCGCGCCUGGGGACCCCGCGCUGCCGGUGAUGGUUUGGUUCCCGGGAGGCGCCUUCCUCGUGGGCUCCGCUACCACGUACGAGGGCUCAGAGCUGGCCGCCCGCGAGAAGGUGGUGCUGGUGCUCCUGCAGUACAGGCUCGGCAUCCUGGGCUUCCUGAGCACGGGUGACAGCCAGGCCCGCGGAAACUGGGCCCUGCUGGACCAGCUGGCGGCUCUGCUCUGGGUGCAGGAGAACAUUGAAGCAUUUGGUGGGGACCGGAACCGUGUGACCCUGUUUGGCCAGUCGGCGGGGGCCAUCUCCAUCUCAGGACUGAUGCUGUCACCCCUAGCCCAGGGUCUCUUCCAUCGGGCCAUUUCUCAAAGUGGCACUGCCCUAAUGAAAAUCUUCAUCACUCAGGAGCCACUGAAGGUGGCCAAGAAGGUUGCCCACCUGGCUGGCUGCAGCCACAACAGCUCCCGGAUCAUGGUAGACUGCCUGAGGGCUCUGUCAGGGGCCCAAGUGAUGCGUGUGUCCAGGAAGAUGAGAUUCUUCCAUGUGAACGUCCGGAGAGAUCCUUGGGAGACGACAUGGCUCAUGGGUGCUGUGGUGGACGGCGUGGUAUUUCCAGAUGACCCUGUGGUGCUCUGGACCCGGGGGCAGGUUCUACCUGUCCCCUACCUUCUAGGUGUCAACAACCAGGAGUUCAGUUGGCUCUUGCCCUUUAUCACGAAGUUCCCACUCAACGUGAACCUAAUGAGAAAGAAAAUCCUCACCAGGCUGCUGUGGAGUAUAAGCACCCUGUUGAAUGUCACUAAGGAGCAGAUACCACUCGUGAUGGAGGAGUACCUGAGCAGCAGCGACAAGCAUAAUUGGAAGACGUACCGGAACCACAUGAUAGACUUAGCUGGAGAUGCCACCUUCGUCUACUCCACACUGCAGGCUGCUCGCUACCACCGGGAUGCUGGCCUCCCUGUCUACUUGUAUGAGUUUGAGCACCAUGCUUCCUCUGGCAUAAUUAUCAAACCUCGCACUGAUGGGGCAGACCACGGGGAUGAGAUCCGCUUCGUCUUCGGAACUCCUUUCUUCAAAGGGCCAUCCACAGGUGCAGAGAAGGCCCUCAGCUUCCGGAUGAUGAGAUACUGGGCCAACUUUGCCCGCACAGGAAAUCCCAAUGAUGGGAAGCUGCCCUACUGGCCACGCUUCGACAAGGAUGAGAAGUACCUGCGGCUGGAUCUUACCACGCGUGUAGGGGUGAAGAUCAGGGAGAAGAAGAUGGCCUUUUGGAGUAGGCUGCACCAACCUCAAAGAACUGAGAAGCAGAGGCUGUUCUGAGAGUGGCUACAUAGGAGGGAGCUUGUCCCGCAUGGCUUUGGGAAGACUGGUCAUGAACACAUCAGGGGUCAAGAGUCCUGUAUGUGCCCAUCUAGGGCCUGCCAGAGCUCCCUACUGCCCUCAGGUCAGAGCUGCAGCCUUAGCCUGUCCCACCCCCUCCAGCCUGACAUCCCAUGAUGCCCCCUACCUCACUGUCUAUAUCAGGCUAGGCCAGGCCCAGCUCCCCAGCCUCAGGAAGACUCCCCUUCUCUCUUGUCCAAAUCCUCCUACCCUGCAAGAUCUACUUGCACCCCUUCUUACUGGAAAGUCCCUCCAGAUGGCCACUGUCCAUCAUUGCACCCAGCUUGUCAUUUACUGUCCGUCCUGCUCAACCUUGUGCUUAUUCACAUUGGCCUUGAGGCCCUGGGCAGGGUUUUUUUUGUUUUGUUUUGUUUUGUUUUGGUGAUUGUAAGCAAAGUUUUCAUAACUUGGGCUCUUCUUCCCUGCCUACACUCAUCCCUGCCCCACCCCCCCAUGACCAAAGUCCUCCCAAAGCCUGCACACAGGGAUGUCUUCAAUAAAGACAUGUUGACUUGA